AUGACGGGCGAGAACGCGAGCAGGGUCAGCGCCUUUGUCCUGGCGGGAUUCCCCACAGUCCCGCGGCUGCAGCACCUGCUCUUCCUGCUCUUCCUGCUCGCCUACCUCUUCGUGCUGCUGGAGAACCUGGCCGUCAUCCUCACUGUCUGGGCCAGCCCCUCCCUCCGCCGGCCCAUGUACUACUUCCUGGGCACCAUGUCCUCCCUGGAGAUCUGGUAUGUGUGUGACAUCAUCCCCAAGAUGCUGGACGGCUUCCUCCUGCAGCGCAGACGCAUCUCCUUCGUCGGGUGCAUGACUCAGCUCUACUUCUUCAGCUCCCUGGUGUGCACCGAGUGCGUGCUCCUGGCCUGCAUGGCCUACGACCGCUACGUGGCCGUCUGCCACCCCCUGCGCUACCGAGUCAUCGUGACCACGGGGCUAUGCGUCCAGCUGGUGGCCUUCUCCUUCGUCAGUGGCUUCUCCGUCUCCGUGAUCAAGGUCUGCUUCAUCUCCAGUGCCACGUUCUGUGGCUCCAACGUCCUGAACCACUUCUUCUGUGACAUCUCGCCCAUCCUCAAACUGGCCUGCACAGACUUCUCGAUGGCGGAGCUGGUUGACUUCAUCCUGGCCUUCAUCAUCCUGGUGUCCCCGCUCACAGUCACUGUGUUCUCCUACGGACACAUUGCCCUGGCCGUCCUGCGCAUGCCCUCGACCACUGGCCGGUGGAGAGCCUUCUCCACCUGUGCCUCCCACCUCACCGUGGUCACCAUCUUCUACACGGCCAUGAUCUUCAUGUACGUCCGGCCCCAGGCCAUUGACUCCCGCAGCUCCAACAAGCUCAUCUCUGCUGUGUACACUGUCCUCACCCCUAUUUUGAACCCCAUGAUCUACUGUCUGAGGAACAAAGAAUUUAAGGACGCCUUUCGAAAGGGCUUAGGUCGACUUUCACAGGAGCACAAUUAAAUGUCCUAAAACCCAAUUUGUGGUGGUAAUAAAAUAACAUUAAUAUGGCACUUUGUGUUUUUCAAAGUAAAUUUUUCAAUGACAUUUAGCAAACCUCCAGAAGUGUAUGCAAAUCAUGAGCCUUCACCUGGAUCUGUUUUCACAAAAGGCCUACACUCCUGUCACCAGCACCCAGAUCAAGAGUCAAAGGCCCCCCUCACACCCCUGACCCCAAAAUGUGCACUGUCCUGACUUCUAACACCAGAGACUAGUUUUGACGGUUUUGAGGGUUUCGUGAAUGAAGUCAUGAAGGACGCUUUCAUGUCCGGCUUGCUUCAUCCGCUGUGGUGUUUGAGUGGAUCCUUGAUGUCUCUGCACGUAGUGAGAAUCCGCGCACAGAACGUGCAACAGUCCAACCCACAAAUACAUCACGAUGCCUUCACGUGUUCCUGCUGGGGUAGUGGCG